GAAGAUAUCCAGAGACGCAGGAAUGCCCAUCCAGGGUCAACCUUGUUUCUGUAAAUAUGCCCAGGGAGCAGACAGUGUGGAACCCAUGUUCCGUCACCUGAAGAACACCUAUGCUGGCUUGCAGCUCGUGGUUGUCAUUUUACCUGGGAAAACACCUGUUUAUGCCGAGGUGAAGCGCGUGGGUGACACCGUGUUGGGAAUGGCCACGCAGUGUGUGCAGAUGAAAAACGUGCAAAGGACGACCCCCCAGACGCUGUCCAAUCUGUGCUUGAAGAUCAACGUCAAGCUAGGAGGAGUUAAUAACAUAUUACUGCCUCAAGGAAGGCCUCCAGUAUUUCAGCAGCCUGUCAUCUUUCUGGGGGCAGAUGUCACUCAUCCACCAGCUGGAGACGGGAAAAAGCCAUCUAUUGCUGCCGUUGUAGGCAGCAUGGAUGCCCAUCCGAAUCGCUAUUGUGCCACUGUGAGGGUCCAGCAGCACCGCCAAGAAAUAAUUCAAGACUUGGCUGCCAUGGUUCGGGAGCUGCUGAUCCAGUUUUACAAAUCCACUCGAUUCAAGCCGACGCGGAUUAUUUUCUAUCGAGAUGGCGUUUCCGAGGGGCAGUUUCAACAGGUUCCCGGUCUUUUUUCCCCUUUUCCUUGCGUUCUCUGUGUUCGCAAAAUGGGGCAAAACUCACUUAAAAAGGACUAUCUCGUUCUCGUUGGUUACUUUGUCCUUUCAAAAGAGAAACGCUUCCGGGCAAUUUUUGGAAAGUCUAGAGUGGACCUCUUUGCUGGAAGAAGGUUGACUGAGGUGGGGGGGAGAGAUGGAGACCACUCCUUAACUGAGUUUGGGGUCCAUUUCCAGGGCACAAGCCGACCGUCUCAUUACCACGUUCUCUGGGAUGACAAUCGCUUCUCUUCGGACGAGCUGCAGAUCCUCACUUACCAGCUGUGUCACACCUACGUGCGUUGUACUAGAUCUGUUUCAAUCCCUGCGCCAGCCUACUAUGCACACCUGGUGGCCUUCAGAGCCAGGUACCACUUGGUGGAUAAAGAGCACGACAG